UAUCCUUGUAUUGCUGGUGGAUGGGGGCAAUAAUGGAUGGGAUGAUGUGGUAGAUAUGCCUCAAUUAUCAGCAGUCAAGUUGGAGGUUACCUCUUCAGAAUCUGCCAUGGCCCCCAUCACAUCCCUGGUCUCUACCAUCCUGCUGUUGCUGUGGCUGACUACCCCCAGUAGGGCUUGCUCCUGUGCCCUGCCUCACCCACAGACCUCCUUCUGUAAAUCCGACUACGUCAUUAGGACCAAGUUCACAGGGAUCGAAGAAAUCAACAGUACUACUUUAUACCGGCGUUAUGAGAUCAAGUUGACCAAGAUAUUGAAAGGACAGAUUGCUGAAAGUCAUAACCAUGGUUUCCAGUAUAUCUACACCCCUAGCAUGGAGAGCCUCUGUGGAUACAUCCACCAGUCGAAGAACCACAGCGAGGAGUUUCUCAUUGCUGGAAAUCUGAGGGAGGGGCGCAUGUACAUGUCCACCUGCAGUUUUGUGGCUUCCUGGAACAAACUAAGCCUGGCUCAGCGCCAGGGCUUCACCAAGAUCUAUGCUAUCGGCUGUAAGGAGUGCACAGUGUUCCCCUGCUUCUCCGUCCCCUGUGAUCUGCAGAACAACAGUCACUGCUUGUGGACAGACAAUCUCUUCAGAGGCUCUGAGGCAGGCUUCCAGACCCGCCACCUUGCCUGCCUCCCACAGAAACCUGGCCUGUGUGCCUGGCAGUCUCUGCGGCAGUGGCAGGACUAA